UUGUAUCGAUUAACUAGACAGCUUUUUUGUCAACACAAAAAAAUUUAUCAACGUUAAAUUCCAAUUUAUGUCUCUUUUGCUUUAUUUCUAAAUGCGAUCUUUGAUAGUUUAUACAAUGAGCAAUUAAAAAAUCGUUAGAAUUAAAAUGAUUAUCGAUGCACUGGUGUUGAAUAUGUACGCAUGCCAACUUUAGGCAGCUAUGAUUGAACAUACUGAGAAUCUUGGAAAGUCAUUACAUCCUUGUGUUGAAAAUUCCUAUUUUAGAACCAGUUUCUUUCAAUCAACAAGGUCCAGAUGGUGUUAUCAAUCUUUUUUUUUUGUGCUUGUCCAUUGUGAAUAGUGUCUGUGCUCCUUUGAAAUAAAAAUUUUAAAAGCUGGAAAAAAAUUGACACUUGCACCACGGCUCUUUCUGUAACAAUCAGCCUUUGACGGCCCCCCUGCCCUAAAAAUGGCAGCACUAGAGUGCAAUAAUGGGCAGGAUGGAUUUUCUCCUACUGAAAAUGGGGAUGCAUUAGCUGAGGAAAAAUCUCUCAGCAUUGAUUAUUCUGAAGAUUUGUGGUUGGCAAAUAGUGAAGAUUCUUCUGGGCCUUAUGCCCAGCAUCCUAAUAAGGUCAUUGCUCAUGAGCAGCCCACAGCACAUCCGGUCCAAGUGGAAACAAGGGACACUUAUUCCAAUGUAUCUAGUACUGGUGGUCAGAUUGAAUCUCAUAGCAUUGCCAAUGAAUACACAGAGACACACCCUGUGGCAGCCCAGGGUCACACUUGGAAUGAUGCCAUGGCUGAGGAAGAGGCAGAAGAGACUGCCCUACAGCCGGCAACUACAUACAUUAAUGGCACAUCAGAGCACAAUGGUAUGGAUUUCAGCAGUGGUGGAGAAGAGAAAGAUUUUGCACAAUUGGUACCAGCUGGCAGUUAUGUAGAAAGUGGCUCGGUUGUGGGUGUUGAAAACCAGGAUAAAACAUUUACAUCACUUAUGCCAGCUGCAGCCAUUGGAGUAAAUGGUGAAAUGCAACAAGGUUUUACAACAAUGCUCAAUACUAAUCAGGAAGGUAUAGUUUACUAUGAGUCUAGUGAGCACUUGCCUUCUGAUUCUAGUCCUGUAACUAAUCAAGAAAACAGCUCCGUCACUUACGAGCAAAACACACAAAUGGCAGCUAUUAAAGAAGGCGAUGAAGGGGGAACAGAAGGUGCUGGUACAAUGUAUGUUGCUAUGGACAACCUGAGCGCAGAAACACAGUCUGCUGCAGGCAACUUUGCAGUGCUCUCACCGGCAAUGAUCAACAUGACUAACGUCAACACAGACGGUGCAUCAUAUCCAGGAUGCGUCAGUGGAGGGACAUACCACACCAUCUCCACACUUCCCUUUGUCCAGAAUGGUGCCUACUCCUCACAGUCUUCUUUUGCAUAUCAAACCACAGCUGCCAUUGUCAGCGGAGAUGAAACAUCGCAGCAGCAACAACAGCAUAGCCUGCAGCAGGCUGAGUACAGCUCAGAUCAAACCAACUAUGGCUCUGAAGCCAACACAAUGUCAGCUUCUCUGCAAGAUGGUGAUGUUGAAUAUGUAGACGAUGGCCCAGAUGAUGAUGAUGAUCCUGACCAGGACAUGGAAGAAAAUUCGAUUGAGUAUUCAGAAUUUUCUUGCCCUAUCUGCAGUGAAGGCUUUGCUGACCAGGCAACAUUAGAUGACCACGUAAAUAAUCACCCACCUCUCAAAAGUUUUGUUUGUGAAACAUGCGGCAAAGGAUUUGCUACCAGGCGGUACCUCAAAUACCAUCGGAAAAAUCAUUGUAAAAGGGCAGGCUCAUAUGAGGGGAGAAAUGAACUAGAUGAAAAUGACCCAAAUGGGGAGGUCAAAAGGUUUGCAUGUAAUGUAUGCAGCCGACCUUUUAGAGUUCUGAAAUGUAUGAAAGUCCAUAAAAAGAAGAAGCAUGGUAUUAUGAAAGAGUACACUUGCCAGAACUGUGCAGUUACUUUUGAAACUUCACCAGAGCUCAUUGAGCAUGCCUGUGAGCCGAAAAGUGCAUCCAGCACCCCACAGAUCAUUCAGUACACGCCCCCACCUCUUGCUUUGCCUGCCCAGAAGAAGAAAAGGAAGCUCAAACAAGCUAAGCCUGCUUGUGACAUUUGCGGGAAAACAUUUUCCGAUAGAAUCAGCGUGGACAUACACAGGGUGAAGCACAUUGAAGAAGAAUUGUAUCCUUGUGAUAUGUGCAGAGAGGAUGAGACUGUUGACCCAAAUCAUUUGGCUGUUCAUUUCCGAAUCAGAUUCUUUACAGAUGACAACCAACAUAUCUUGGAAGAUCAAAAAGCGGCUGCUGCAAAUCAGGAUACUACAAGAUCUGAUGAUGGAAGCAGUGUCUCUGCUACUCCAGUGCAUAAUCCUGACACCCCUAUUCCUGGUUCCUCAACACCCCAGUCAGCUCCAGCUACACCAAUUUAUAUUCCUGCCACACCAAUUCAUGCCCCAGGUACCCCUGUCUCAGCCAGCUCACAGGAUGGCCAAAUGUUAGAUGCCACAGGUCAGAUAGUGGACCAACAGGGUUAUGUUCACAAAUAUGUUGAGUACACAACUACAUCAGCAGAUGGACGUCAGACAGUACAUGUUGGAAAUUAUAUUGUGAAUCAGAAUGAUGCCAUUCUAGUUUCUGACCAAGGUAUGCUGAGCAAUCAGCAUCAGGUGGAACAGGUGGAUGCAGCCAAUCAGCACUUAUAUUCCUCACAGUUUGAAGGGGAGAUCAUCCACGAUGCCAGUGGCUCAGUCAUGGCUGUCACACCCAAGAAGAAGAAAUGGAAGCGCUCAAAGAUCCACAUGUGUGAUAUCUGCAACAAGUCAUUUGGUGACACAGCCAAGCUGGAGCUACACUAUAAGAGCAACCAUCUGCAUGACCGCCCCUAUCAGUGCGAUGUUUGUGAGAAGUCCUUCUUUACUAAGUGGAAGCUUCAGCGCCACAUGCUUAGCCACCUUGAGCAGAAACCACAUUCUUGCCCAAUGUGCUCCAAAUCGUUCGUAGAAAGAGGCAAGCUUGAGGCCCACUACAGGACCCACUUGGGGACAAAGCCAUAUAAGUGCGACCAGUGUCCAAAAGCAUUCACAGUCAAAUCCCAGUUGUCAAUCCACCAGCGCCGCAUACACAGCACAGAUCAACCCUUUGGCUGCUUAGUUUGUGGUAAAGCUUUUUUAUGGAAGAGUGGCCUAGACAAACACAUGCGUAAGCACACCCGAGAGAAACCUUUUAUAUGUGAAACCUGUGGGAUGAAAUACUCAAAUAAAGCAAACCUUAUUGUACAUAUGUCUAAAGCUCAUAACCAGACCUACGUUGACAAGCCAGGACAAUAGUGACUAGUUUAAGUACGGUAUUGGAAAAUCUUUCUUCAUGUGAUUUUAAACAAAUCAACCAGUAGUAUGUCUUCGAGUUGAUACAGUGAUUUCACAUCUUUAGGGUAUCUUUGAACGGACAUGUUGGCAUCACAGGACCCCUCCACUCUGUACUGCUGGCUUGUUAAUAGGAUAAUAUGCAGUCUACGUAUUAAGGUCAGCGGUUAGUGAGUGCCUUGUGCAGCUUUACUGAAGCUGUCCUUGGCUAAGGUAUAAACACAAUUGCUACAAAACAAAAAACCUCUUGUAUUUGAAAGUUUUGAGAGUCAUUGAUACUGCAGUGAUAGGACUUCUUGUAUUCCAAAAUAUCUAAACAACAGUUGAAAUGAAAAUUACAACAGAAAAAGAAUUUAAGAGUAUUCUAGGAAAAAAUAUUUUCUUUUGUAUAUAAUCUUUAUUGUAUUUUUUCUACCCUUAAAAAAAUUCCUUUUGCUGUAUUUUUUUUUUUUUUUUUGAAAGCCUGUUAAUUUACUUUCAGUAAUAUUUUACUGUUGUACUUUAUGAGAACAGUUACAAUGUAGACUUUCAAAUUGCACUAUAUAGGAAAAUUUUUAUAGUUUUGAUAAUUUUGAGAAUGUAGAUCAUAAUAGGUGUAAAUGAAUAAGCUUUUACUGUGUUCAUCUGAUUGUAAUAUUUUGAUAUAGAAAUAUUAAGAAACACUUUGUAAACUCCCCUAAAAUGUAGAAGUUAUGGAAACAAUUUUUUGUUUUUUUAAUUCAUUAUCUCACCUUGUCAUUGUCAGCAUUGUUUUUAUUUGAAGAGGUUUAAGAAAUGUUUCCUUUACUGUUCACAUCCAAUCUACAUUUCUUGCCUCAUCUGAUUCACAUGAAGCAAAAAACAACUUCUUAAAUUAGGUUUAAGAAAUGUUUCCUUUACUGUUCACAUCCAGUCUACAUUUUUUGCCACAUCUGAUUCAUGAGAAGCAAAACAAGUUCUUAAAUUGGUCAUCUUGUUUAGCAACAUUCUUUAGGUCUCAAAAUGCCAUUGUCUGUGUCAAAGUUCUCAAGCUGCCCCUUUUAGAAACCAGUCGCUGUGUUACCCUCUCUGCCAGUAUAGAUAGUUUAUCUGGUGUUUGAAGCAUAUCCAGAAAGGAGCAUGUCUCAUAGACUAAAUUUGGCAAAAUUGUGUGGAUAACCUGCAUAAUGCAGCUGCCAUGCAAAAAGCAUUACAUCCCUACUCUCCAUAGUGGCAUUGACUAGAACAGAACAUCAUUAUUUGUUGUGUGGUUCUGCCUGAAAUGUCCUUUAUUUAUUUAUUAUUAUUAUUUUCAUUUAUUUAUUUUUUUGGCCUUAACAUCUUUUUUUCUCAUUGAAGAUAUAUUAUUUGUGCUGAAGACUAAUUUUACAAUAGUUUAUGAUAAUAAACAAGAUUUUAAAAAAAAAAUUAUAGCCACAAAAUAUAAGUUAUUAUUUAUUUAAUUAUAAAAUUAAACAUGCUAAGAAAUCGUCUCUUUUGUCCCACACUAUUAAAGCUUUUGGGCGGAGGGGAGAGAUUUUGUAAUUAUUGUAUGCUAAGAAUCUUUUAAGAUGUCCACUUAAUUGGUAGUUAUGCCUUUAAUGUAGACUAUUGGUGCAGACAGUAAUUCUAACUUGGUAUUAAUGGCCUUUUUUUUUUCCUCCUGGCAGAUCAAUAGGUUAUGUUCCUAACUGCUUUGUAAUGAAAUGUAUGGUAUGAAGCAAGGGGAAAAAAAGAUUGGUAGUCUUCUUUGUGUAAAAUCUGAGAUGUGAUUUAUGUAAACAUAUAGCCAGUUCAGUUGUAGUCAUUAUGGGCACUGCAAGUAGCAGAACAAGGGAGCAAACUUCCCCCAUGUGUUGUGUUCUUUAAAAUUUAACUUGAUCUCAGACUUGACAUGUGAUAGGCUGAGGUAGACAGUAAUAUGAUAUAUAUUUAUGUUUAAAGCAGUUACCACAUAGGCAAUAUUUUGAAUUAGUAAAAGAUUAUUUUUUUUUAUGUUACCUUCAAAUCUGCCCCCUUUUUUUUUUACCUGAUUUGAUAGCUGCCUUCUUUCCUUUAAAUGUAAAAAAAAAAAAAAUUAUUUCGUAUCAGAAUUCAGCAGUGAUAGUGAAUUAGUUAAUGGAGGUCUUUCUUUUGUUAUUUAUUAUCUGCUAGCUCUGCUUGUGAUCCACAUUCAGCCACAUAACUGAUUCUUUUUCAAUAUCCUCAUAAAUUUGUUAGUCUACAAAUUUUUUGGCCUUAUUGAAUAGUCAAGAAUGUAAGAGAUUUUAGAUUGUAGUGAUUAGCUACAAAUACUUAAUUUCCACUGAAGUAGUAAAAGGUGAAUUAAGACCUGAAUGACUGUUAUACAUAUGUACAGUUCCACAGACCAGCGUCACAUAUUUUAAAAUGAUUUUUUUUAUUGAAUCCAUGUACUUGUAGUCAUGUUUUGAAAAGCAUUUUAUUUGUGAAACAAAAAACAACUUAAAACCAUCUUCAUAUUUCAGUAAGAAUUAUAAAUGAGAUACGAAAAUAUUCCUGGGCAAUAUGUCCUAUAAGAUUAUUGUUCUGGUUGCCUAAGGGCUGGAACAAAUUAACAAAGUUAACAAUGAUAUGAUUACUUCCCCUGUUAGUCCUCUGCAUUUGAUUGUAAAUAGACAAAGCGCUGGAAGUGCUUAGUUGUUUUCAUAUGUCUAGACAGAUUUAAAUAUUCUUAGCUUCAUUAUUUAUAUUAUGGACUGAAUUAUCGUACAACAUUGUAUAUAAUUGGGACCUUUUUUAUGUACAGACAUAAUGUAUUAGUGUAUUGUAUUAUUAUUUUCACAUGUUAUUCUUGUCAUCAUCUUCAGCGUGAUUCUAUGUUAUAUUUUUUGUGUGAAAUUCAAUCUUUACCUUUUUUAAAAUUGUUGUUUUACAAUCAGCUUUUCAAUGCAUUUUAGAUAAUGUUUUUUUUUUGUAAUUUGUUGUUUUGUUUUUAUAGGGAAAAUUGAUGUAAAUAUUCUAUUUAAAAUUGUAAUUUAUCAUCUAUAUUAUAACAUGAUUUAUUUUGGGGCUUAUGUUUAUUUGUACACUGUUUGAAAUGUCUUAACUGAACAAAAUUAUUUUUUUUUAACUUUCAAUUGUGAUUAAAGUGAUUUGUGAAUCCAUACAUUACAUUUAUUAAGUUUUGUUUUCUUUUAGAUUGUUUGUAAAUGUAAAACUUAGUUUAUUGUCACAGUUAAAGAAAAAUUGUCCUUUUGAUUUUACUUUCAAAGUCUGUUUCUACUUUAACCAGACAGUUUUUGAUGACUCUUACAGCUUUUUGAGGGAAAUAAUACAGCUAUAAAACAUUUGUAAGUAAAGUUCCCCUUUCAGACCUUGUGAUCUACGGCGUAGAUGAUGUAAAAGUCAUCUGGUGAAGACUGGGAUUUUAAUUUUCAGGAUCCUUAGGGCAACUCUGAAUCCACCCAGAUCUAAUGGGUACCUGACAUUAGUUCGGUAAAAGUAAAGACGGUUGGUCGUUGUGCUGGCCACAUGACACCCUCGUUAACUGUGGGCCACAGAAACAUAAAAAAUAUAUAUCUUAUUCUUAUUAAUUUAGAAUCUGAAGUUCUCAAACAUUAAGAUUAUUUUUAAUAGCUUGUUACAAAAGUUUGAUAUAAGUAAGAGAUUUUUUUUAAGCCGCCUACAAGAGGUUCAAUACAAGUCCAUUAUGAUAUAUAUCUUUGAAUCAGUAAUCUUAGAAUAGUGCAAACAAACUGUCAAUAUAAAUUUUUUUUUAGGCUUUCUAAAUUAUAUUUUUCAAAAACCUGUUGUUUCACUGUGUUUUUGUGUAUAUCCAGCAAAGACAUGAUUUCCCUUUGCACACUGUAUAAUAAUUUUUGUAAGGACUGCAGUCUUUCGCUCUAUUUUUCUAAACUAUUUUAGCUUGUAUUUUUGUUUUUAAGAAAAUAUAAAAGCAAACUAUCACUUUUUAGCCUUAAACAAAAGGGAACAGACUAAAUUUGACACUGUAUUUUCAUUUAGAAUUUUUAUUACUUAUCAAAAACUAAGUCUUUUAAAGUUGAAACUGUUGAUUUGCGGAAAAACUAUUACAGUUUUGUUUUUUUUAUUUAUAUCUUACAAACUACACGUAGCCUUAAAAACAAUUAAUAUUAACGUAGAGUUAACUGAAGUUUACAUUGUUGUUUGUUUUUUUUUUUUUUCGCUUCAAAAGGACAGGUAAAUUUGAGUGUGUGUUAUGGUGUAUUAUUUUUAAAAAUGUCAUUUCUUGAAGUGUUCUCAACAUUUUUAAAGUUUUGGUUCUUGCCCUUUGAUGUCGUAAAAAUGUGCAAUAUGAUGUCCUAUAUAUGUCAGUUCAGCUUAAAAUAGAUAUCACUGAAUGCUAUCGGUAUGUGAAUCCAAUGUUAAAAUUGUAUAAUACCUUAGAAAAUGUGACUGUGUUUGUUUUUUUAUGCUCUUUAAAAUAAAGAAUUAUAUAAA